AAUGAAGGGCAGUUUGUCGCCCACCCCCCCGUGAACCGCGUGGUUUUGCGGUGUGGGGAGCCCCCACCCCUCCCUGUUCCCCGACGUGACAUCAAGGUGGGGCUGGAUCGGCCCCGAAGGCCCCAUUGGGGCUGGUUAUCCCCCAGUCCCGCAGCACGGGGACGCUUUAAUGCAGCAUCACCGCAACAGCCCCGCACCCAGCGAAACCCACCCCCCUAAAAAAAAAUAGAGCGCUGCGCCUUUAAAAACAAAAUGGCCGCCACCACUCGCGAAUCCCCCCAUCCAAUGUCCAAACGUCACUUCCGGGGGGCGGGGCGUGGAAGCCGGAAGUGUAUCGCUCUCGCAAGAUGGCGACUCCCUAUGUGACUGACGAGACCGGGAAGUACAUCGCCUCUACGCAGCGCCCUGACGGCACCUGGAGGAAGCAGCGGCGUGUGAAGGAGGGCUACGUGCCACAGGAGGAGGUGCCGGUGUAUGAGAACAAAUACGUCAAGUUCUUCAAAAGCAAACCUGAGCUGCCACCGGGGCUGAGCCUGGAAGCCAACACCCAACCCAGCAAGCAGCCAAGCAAAGCAGAAGGAGGAGAGACUGGACUGUCCAAAACAGCGAAAAGGAACUUGAAACGUAAAGAGAAGAGGAAGCAACAGCAGGAAAAAGGAGAGAAGGAAACAGACGGACUGAUCCAAUCGCUGGAGAAGGUUUCCUUGUCGGGGGGCAGCAGCGGGGACACGGGGGGGGCCGCACCGCAGCCAACCUGCGGCACCCAGAGCAAUGCUGACGGGGAAGCUGCAGCCUCAGAGAAAAGCAAGAAGAUCAAGAACCUGAAGAAGAAGCUGCGGCAGGUGGAGGAGCUGCAGCAACGGCUCGACUCCGGGGAGAUCAAACAACCCACUAAGGAGCAGCUGGAGAAGCUGGGCCGAAGGAAAGCACUGGAGGAGGAGCUGCACGAGCUGGAGCUGGACUUGUGAGGGGUGGGCUGUCGUGUGGGGUUGGCGUCCCCAGCGCAGGCUGUCUGGACUGAACGCCGGCCCCUUUAUCCUGGGCUUUUAUUUUGGGUGGGUGCCGUCGUUAUUUCUUUUACCACAACAGUUGUUUUAUUUUUUGGGGGUGGGUUUGGUUUUGUUUUGUUUUGUUUUUUUCCCACCUAUCGGUGUUAGAAAGUCAGCAACUCUCAGAUACCUCUCCACCUUUUUAACGUUUAUUUGUUGGGGCCGGGCAGGCAGGGCUGGGGGUUGUUGGGGUAGCAGCUCUUCCUUGACUUCUUCCCCAGCCCAUUCUGUGUUACAGCCUGUCAUCCUCUUCCUUUCCUUUUUAAUCAUGCAAUAAUAAAAUUGCAGUAGUGACCC